UCGGCACCUCAUCCUUCCAUAGUCCCAAUCUUUUGCCCCGCCUUACUGCUGCAUACGACUGCAUGUAUGGCGUCCCCGUCCCCCAGCUCGUCUAACAUCAUCCCGUCAGUUCUAGGUAUGCUGCAGACAGACUGCUGCAUCAUACUCGUCAUCCGCAAUGGAAAGCCCCAGUGCUCAUGACCAUUACCACCAAUACGCUACAGACGGGAUCAUCUACUCGCCCAGUCCUGGCUGUUCAACGUUGGAGCCAGAGCUACAGACGCAAGCCAUCAUCCCGCUGCGAUCAAUCACCCCAGAGCCUCGCCCACGCCGUCUAGACUUUUUCGGUCUCCCUUAUGAGCUCCGCCUAGACAUCUACGAGCUCCUGCUCCUUACUCCGGAACCCAUUAUCGUAUCGAGCAGCCACCGUCAACUCCACGUCAAAGUUGAGCCGCCGGAGCACCAGGUCGCCUACCUACGCGCCCCCCGCCCGAGACCUCGCGUCGUGUCGCUCACACACAGGAAACCCCACGUCGAGAUUCUGCAGAUAUGCAGGCAGAUCGAACAAGAAGCCACCCCAAUUCUCUAUGGCCGAAAUAGCUUCGUCGUUGGGUUCCGGCUAUGUGUAAGACAGAGCCACCAGGUAGAAGAACCAUUUAUCCGGCGACUACGUCUAUCAACACUGCUUCAGCUACGCUCAGUGACUUUCCGGCCUGGAUGUUAUUGUAACCAGUGGCUGAAGUCUUCUGGGUGUGGUCAGAAUGUCGCGGGUAUGCUAGUUCGUAAGCAGCUCAAUGAGCGGGGAGAUCACCAAUGGGACAUCGAGGCAGCCUUUUGGCAGACUUACAUCACGAAGAGCAGAGUGUGUGCCUUUUGCCAUCACACUACUAGGGAGCGGAUACUCAUUGGUAUAUAAUUCGUACGAAGUACAAGAGAGGCAGGCCCUCAACUCGUUCUGACGUCAAGGGCCUUGUGAGCGGAAACGUGGCAGUAAUUUGAUCAUGAUUCGGUCCUGUCGCUCG